AUGCAAACCCGCAGAGAAGCCGGCGGGAGGGAGUUACCCGCCGAGGCCCAGGCGCGAAGACCGCAGAGGCGUGCGGAGCUCCGCGGCAGGGGGGCCCCGGCUCUCCGGCCGCCCGCCGUCUCUCACUCCAGCCGGCCGCUGCCUCUCCCGCGGCGCCUGCAGCAUCGGGCCGCCGGAGCCCGCGGCCGGCGGAAACCGGAGGAAGGUGGCCCGGGCCAAGGGCAGCGCCCGCACGAUUCCUUGUCCGCCGGUCAGGCAGGGGGAGCCGGGGAAGGCGCGGCGCCGAGCGGAGUCCGCCCGCCCGCUGGGGUCCGGAUCCCAGGCGGCUGCGCUGAGCGCCUCCGGAGCCUUGAGGUCGCUGCUCCCGUUGGGCUGCUGGCGCCGGAUGCGCGGGGACCACGGCCGCCCCCGAGUUCGCCGAGGAAGGUGCAGUGCAGAGCGGGGCUGUGGGGGCUCCGCGCUCUCCGGAGCAGGGAGGCAGGGAAGCCGCCGAGCCCUACCUUUCGGGCUGGGCGGACACCAGCCGCGCGCCCUGGCCGGGCGUCUGGGACGGAAAAUCACCACGACGGGAGGGCCGGGGGGAAGCGGCGGGUGGCUUCAGGACAAGGUAUGAGACAUCGUUGUGUGAAGAGGUGAUACCUGGAGAUGUGGCGUCCAUUUUUGUCCACAUCUGAGGACAAAGCUAACAUCUGAGGAAGUCGAAGCAAGAAGAGAGAAAGGGUUUGGAUCCUUGAUGAGCUAGAUGAGCUGCUUAAUUAACUGACCCUGAAGUCGUCAUAUAGGUUCACAACCAACAUGGAGCCAAUGCAGGGCCCAACUCAG